UUUUCGGGGGUUUCCGUGUAGAAGAAGUGUACCAGGCCCCGGAACCUGGAUGGAAAAAUUACGAGCGAGCCGGAAAGCUCGAUGAAUAGCCCUCCAUACAGGUUGCGGGGCCCUGUUGCUGUGGGAGAGGCCUGGUGCAUGGCGGUCAGGCGGCGGACUCGGGCCUCGGCAGGCGAGAAGCUAAUUGAAGAACAAGUGACUGAAUCUGAAGAUGGAUCCACAGCUUUUGUCCAACACAUAACAAUGCAGAAAGAGGGUUAUGACCCCAACACCCUGGAAGCAAUCCAACGGGAAGAUGGAUCCACACCUUUUGUACACCAUCCUGUUUCCAUGCCAAUGGGCAGUGCUGUCUUGGCAGUAGAAGCUGAUGUGGAGCUAGAGGAAUUGGCUGCUGGGAAGAAAGAUGAUGCCUUUGACCUUGAUAACAUUACUGCCUUCAAGGACUAUGCAAACAAGGGCUUCAAGGAAGAGGAGGUCAGGAGCAAAGGGAAGGGACCAAAUGGACAUAACAGAAGGUAUUAUUGUGAACACAAUGGGUGUGGCCGCUUCUUCGGAACAUCUCACCAUUUGAAGGUGCAUGCACGUGUUCAUAGAGCUGAUUGUCCUUACAGAUGUAACUUCCCAAGCUGUGGAAAAGCCUUUUCAACAGGAUAUAGCCUGAAAAGUCAUGUGAGAACACACACAGGUGAGAAGCCAUAUAAAUGCCCUGAAGAUUUUUGCACAAAAGCCUUCAAGACUUCUGGAGACCUGCAAAAACAUGUUCGUACACACACUGGUGAGAAGCCCUUCAGAUGCCCUUUUGAAGGUUGUGGCCGCUGUUUUACCACCUCUAAUAUACGGAAAGUCCACAUCCGGACACACACUGGUGAACGACCAUAUAUGUGCCCAGAACCCAAUUGUGGAAGAGGAUUCACUAGUACCACCAACUACAAGAACCACAUGAGAAUCCAUACGGGAGAGAAACCAUAUGCGUGCCUGGUGCCUGGCUGUGGAAAAUGCUUCACAGAGUAUUCUAGCCUCUAUAAACACCACGUGGUUCACACUCACUGCAAGCCAUACACCUGCAACACCUGUGGAAAAACCUAUCGUCAGACCUCUACAUUGGCCACACAUAUGCGCACCACACAUGGGGAGCUGGAGGCCACAGAGGAGAGCGAACUGGCUCUCUAUGAACAGCAGCUAGAAGUUGCCACAGCUGAAAAGGAUUUGCCUCAGCUGAAACACCAUUGUAUUGUUUCUGUGAAAGAGGAAGAGGAAGACUGUAUGUCUCUUGUUUCUCAGGAUGAAGCAGAGCAGGUCACCGAGCUCCAGGAAGGGGUGCAGCUGGCAUCUCAGCCGAAACUGAUAACAGGCACUCCUGACCUUCACAUCAAUCUGAACUGUCAACUGGAGAGACGAGUCCAGAAGCACCCCCAAGCUGCGAACACAGUUCUUCAGGGGAAGUGUGACCCCAUCCAGCACUGGUGGACAUAUCUCCAUUCCCGGCUAAAAAAACCGCACAGCCUGGAGGACACCAUAGGCAUAACAACUGCAACUAUUCAACAGGAGCCUGAAAAGGUUAAGGCGGCAACAUCAGUAAGUGGAUGUGGGCAUCUUACACCAGCAGAAGAUCAGGGAGUGGAGUGCUCUGAAGGAACGACAGCAUCUGGAUAGACAACUCAUAUCUACAGAACUUCCUCUUCAAAACCCAAGUGUUGUGUGAUAGCCAUCUAGACCUCAAGAGGAUUCUUAGUAAUUGUUGCCCUCUAUCUAGCACAAGGGGUAGAUAAUGGACUAGCAAAGAUGAUGGACCAUAUACAUGGGUUGUUCGAUGAUACUUAAUUUUUAAAUAUCCUUUCUACAAGCACUACAAUAUAUUUUAUGGCCACUUUACGAAAACUACUCCUUAACUUUUGGAUAGAGAAUCCAUCAAUAUUUUGGACCUUUCUAAUUUGUGCUUAGUGUUACUGGAAUGAGCACCUAAAAGUCACUGUCUGUUUGAAAGGGAAAGCCUACAGAAAUGAUGGUCUUGCAUAGAACUUUCACAGUGGAACUACUUUAUUACUUCAUGGUGUUUAGCAUUUGAACAUAUAUUCUAGCUGUAGAUGGUCUUGGAAGGGGUCACAGCUGACUGUGUGCUUUCUGCUCUCCCAGUCAGAAGGGUCAGGGUAGAAGCCAUAAAGCAGGACUCACCAUUGGCAGUUCCAAAAUGCAGAGCACGGGGUAAGAACAUAUAUUUGUGUAGUGAUAAUUUCAUUCAUUUUCCUCCCUCAAAGAGAUCACUUCCACACUUUAGCUGUAGUAGAAUAAACUGAAGCCAACACUAAGUAGAGAAGUUGAAAGAAAAUCAAAGGGCUUUUUAUAACAUUUUAUUUGUUGCUUUUUCUCUCUCUGUAAAACCUAAUGGAAGCUUGCAAUGUCUGUUUAAUUAAACUGUGAAACAUAUGUUGUUAUUUUUUAAUUUUCUCAGCAGCAGCUUUGAACCCAUUGUUAAAAGAACUGGAAUGUACCCACAAAAGCUGUGUAGUUAUAUAACCACAAUUCAAUUAAGCAUCUAAUACUGAUCUCUUUAUCAGUAGGUGUAGUCCUGUUGGUCUCUCAGCAACAAAGAAUGGAUUACAAAUGAAAUAUUUCUUCUGUCAGAAUUAUUUAUGCCUUGGAUUGCUUAUAGUUCACACAGAACAGGUACAGGCAGGCUUCAGGUUUCCUGACUGUUCUUUGGUUUUAACAAGAGCCCCCAGGAUUCACUAGGCAGAACCAGGUGCAAGAGGCAGCAACUUAGAUUUGAAGAACAGGAUACAUUGGAGAACAUCCUGAACCUGUAAAUUUGGUGUUCUACUUGGUGAACAUUGGCAGCAUAUUGAAUCUUAAAUUAACAUGACCUUGUUUAUUUUGCACAUUAGUUUCUAGUGCAACUCAUGCUAUUGUACUGUCUUAUACCCUAUAUUUUUACUCUGUAACCUGUAAUGUUGCCCAGGUUUCUGAACACAUUUGAACUCUCUCUCUCUCUCUCUCUCUCUCUGCUUUAUAGAAAAUAUUGUGUCAUUUGUGACAGAUCCUUGUGAAAUUAGAAUUAGAUUUUUUAAAAAUAGAUUGCUAUGACUUGGGAGGGGGAAAAUGGCCCUGAGCCAGAGUCUUUUCAAGAGAUAAAACAUGUUGGUUUGUCAGAUCAAUAUUCUCAUGAAACAUUUUCCCUUUAAAGCACCAAUGCAGCUGGCAAUUUCUGGAACAGAAAGCAGUAGUCAUAACCUGAGAGUGGUAGGCUAGGAGGACAGAACCCAGUGACCUUAACCAGUGAUGGAGAUAGCAAGGCAGAAAAUGAACAGGCACAGUUUUGUCAGCACUGUUUCACCAGUUCAUGGUCAGCAGCAAAGAGCUGGAAAAAUACUGUUAUGGAGACAAAUUCAAACACCCCACAAAACCUGUAAACUACAUUAGUAUAUUUUGCAGGUGAGAACCCUGCAUUUUGGGGGAAAGGGAGGAUACAUUUGUGAUAUAUUUAAAACUCAAAGGCAGUGAACAUUCUUACAAGUAAAUGUAUGGGGUUGAAGACAAUCUCUAAUAAUCUAACCUCUAAUCUCAUCAUUACAGAAAAAAGGGUUUAUUGAAAGCCCUCAGGUUUAUAGCUGAGCUGGCUCCUCUUUGAGUUUAUAUUUAAUGAAAGUGAAACUUCACACCCAUUUAUGUAUUAAAGCUAUGCUUAAUUUCCUAGUUCCAAGACAUUCUUGGAACUUUGGUAACUAUCCAAGGGACAUCAGAGAAUCCACAACUUUUGAUCAGUGAUACACAACAACAUAUUCUGUCCCUGCACAACUUGAUAUCAGUUGUUUCCAGGAUACUGGCUUAACCUUUUGUUUUGUUUUUUUACAUUACAGUGUACAAUGUUUCUGUGAUUAUUUCUUGAAUUCACUUGUCUAUAGGCAGAAAGUUUUUGCUGGUGUAAAUAAUUGACUAAACCUGAAGUCUGAUAAAGAGUUAAAAUCA